AUGGAUUUCACAGAGCAAGCGAGAACGGUGAGCUGCUUUGAAACUCGGAAGGCAGCAGUACAGCCAAUCGUCAUACGCGUUCAUCCGACGGACUCAAGAUCGAGUUUGGACACUUCUGAGCCGGAUACGAAGGACUUGCACUGUGCCCAGCCAGCCUGCUCGUCAACCAGUUUCCAGUCGUCAACAGAGUAUCUUCCACGACACCCUCUGCAUCACGAUGUCUAUCAGCCGCCGACGGCGAAAGCCUGGUCGAAGCUCGCCGAGGGUGUGAGACUUGCAUACGUACGAAGCCGAGUUACGUUGGAGCUACGGGAACACGAGCAGAAACCGAUCUCGAUUGCAGGCAAAUUCCAUCACUGCUAUAUCUACCCGCUGGACAACCGGAGUGGAAAGAACGAGCGCAUAUUGCUGGGACGCUGGGCUCCAAAGCUCCAAGUCCGGGACGGCCGUGGGAUAAGGCGGUCUGUUAUUCAGGCAGCGUCGCACAACUAUGCUGGCCUCUACCGUCUCACCGACGACGCGGAAGAAUUGCACCGUUUGGCCCUGGACAAGUUGCCCGUCGCCGACGCAAGCGCUCUCCAAUAUCUCGAACCAGCCAUGCACGAUGGCUUUGCCAAGUUCUUCUCCACUGACUUUUGCUACACCACCAGCACGGGAUACGGUUCCAAUGUCCUGGCCUUCUCGGCCAUCCUGAAUGAGGACUGGCUCGUCCUGUUCGACGACAAGUGCCAUAACUCGAUGCACGUUGCCGCCUAUCUUAGCCACGCGGGGCUCGUCAAGAAAUUCCCGCACGGCGAUUUUGAGAAAAUGGACGCAAUCCUUGCGGAAUAUAAGGACAAAUUUGCGAACAUCCUGGUUGCGAUCGAGGGGCUUUACAGCAUGGACGGCACCGUGCCCGAUCUCGACGCGCUUGCACGCCUCAAACAGAAAUACCAGUUCACUCUGCUCGCCGACGAAGCUCACUCAUUAAUGUGUCUGGGACGCACGGGUUGGGGUUGUAUCGAGGUCUGGAAUGAACAACACCUUGACCAGCCCGUCCCGACCGACCUCUUCGACCUCCGCACUGGGACGUUGUCCAAGUCAGUCGGGGCGAUUGGCGGCGUUGUAUGUGGCAAGUCUCGGUUUGCUUCUGCGGUUCUGAAGCGCCGUGACGAGAUGCUCGCCUCCGGGGCUGAUCCUGUGCCGACCUCAUCCAUGAUCCAGACGUUGAAUGUCCUAGGCCAGGUGACGCUGUUGCAACGCCAUCUUCGGAGACUGGUGGCGAUGGCGACCUUCGUGCGCGAAGAACUGCACCGGGCCGGAGUUCAUGUCUACGGCAACGCCAUCUCGCCCAUUUUGCCGGUAUACGCAGGCCGGCCCAGCAUGGCGGCCAAAAUGUCGUAUGCCCUGCGCCAGGUCGGACUGCUCGCGACGCCCGUGUCGACGCCGGCGGUGCCGUUCUGGGAGUCUCGCGUGCGGAUCUGUCUUUCUGCGGAUCACGACAAUGCCACGGUAGACGCUCUUAUCGUGGCGAUCGUGAAGGCUGCGCAAAACAUCGGGUUGAUUGGCAACGCUACGUUCGCUCCCAAACCCUUCACCUAUCUUGACGAGAUGCCCACUGCGCAGGAAGAGACCGAGGCGCGGCGCACAGCCGAGUAUAUUCGACACGUCAUCGAGCAAGACAUGGCGAAGAGCACCGGGACUCUCUGCGACGGCACCAUUCUAGACGCUGGCCACGCAGCACGCAGCCAAUACGGGCUUGGGUCUGGCGGUGCGCGCUGGGUCACCGGCACUUCGGAGCUGCACAUCGAAGUUGAGAAGCUCGCCUCUAGGCUCACAGGGACCCCAGAGGCCAUGACUUACCCGGACUCGUUCAUCGGCCUGAUGUCGACGGUCGCAGCUCUCAGUCGGCCGGUGCUAGGGUACAAGAAGCACGUUUUCCUCGUGCCGGCAUCAGCGCCCCAGGCCGUCUGGGAUGGAUUCCGCGUCGCGUCCAAGAAUGGAGCUCCCAGGGUCCAGCGGUACAGUGACACCGCCGAUGCACUCCUCGAGCACGUCCGCUCCUGCGGCCAAGCCACGUAUAUCACAUUGUUCGUCGACUCUGCAAAAAUCCAGGGUCGCCACGACGACGGUAUGACCAACCUGCGCAGUCUGCUGGAGACGGUUCAACGCGCUCGCGGCCCGUCGGGCAUGACGAUUCUGGUGCACGACGCCGCCGGGGUUGGAAGCCUAUGGAAUGACAGAGCCCAAAGCCAUGCUCUCUUUGCGAAGACGAGUACGGGUACAACGACACCGAAGCCCGAGUUCCGGGACCACCACCUCCUCGUCUACGGCUCCUUCUACGCCGUCUUUGGCCUCCCCGGUGCAUACCUCGCGGGCUCCUCGGUCCUUCUCAAGGAGCUGAGGUACACGAGUCGCGGCUACAUGUUCACGACGUCGCAACAGCCGUUCGUCAUGGGCAUGGUCGGGGCAGAGCUGCGGCGGAUGAUGAAGAUGGACGGUGGUGUUUAG